AAAAUCGUAGAGGAGAUGCUUAGCAAUGGAGCACCUGCUAGUUUUGUAAGUAUCUACUUAACACUGAGUGCCUACUUAAGUUUCGGUAUGAAUAAAAGUAAGUAUAUGCUACACAAAUGAAGCAACUACUCACAAUAAUUUAAGGUACCUUGGUAGGAAGCUCAGCAUCAGUAAUAACUGUGCUUUCGGAAAUAAUGGCCGAAUUUAUGCCUAUUGCUCGUGCAAGAAAGUAUUAUAAGGUUCGAAGAGACUCUCGGGAUACCGACUAUCGAAUUUUGUAUCGAUUUAACAGAAAUAACGUAGAAUGGCUUGCUCAACAUUUCCUGGGAGAUGAGUUUGAAAACAGAGGUGGUGCUCUAACGACCACUGAGAAGAUGAGAAUUUUUCUUCGUUAUGUCGGCGACCCGGGAUUUCAAAGUGGCGUAGGUGAGGACAUUGGGGUGCACCAAUCAACGGUAUCAUUAACAGUUUCAUCAGUAAUAGAUGCUAUAAUACGAAAAUCAAAUAUAUGGAUACAGUUUCCGUCAACUACUGAAGCGUUAGAGCAAGAGAAACAUAAAUGGCAAGAAAAGUAUAAUUUUCCUUCUGCUAUCGGUGCGAUAGACUGCACUCACAUUCCUAUCAUUAAACCGGCUGUACACGGAGAUGAGUAUGUCAACAGAAAGGGGUUCUGCAGUCUAAACGUUCAGGCAACGUGCAACGUCCGAGAGGAGUUUACAAGUGUCGAUGCGUCUUGGCCAGGAGCCGUUCAUGACUCACGCAUAUGGAGAAAUUCUGCCAUUUUUAAUAUCAUGCGGUGGAAUACAGCUAGUGCACUUCUUCUUGGAGAUUCAGGUUAUGGACUUACCCCGUGGCUUAUGACUCCAUACAGAGACCCUGUCACUCCUGAGCAAAUUACAUAUAAUAGAUGUUUUACUCGAGAACGUGUUAUAAUAGAAAGGUGUUUUGGCCAAGUUAAACAGCGCUUUCCUAUAUUGCAAAACAAAAUUCGAGUAAAUACAGGAAAAGUUCCGUCUCUUGUAUUAAGCUGCUUUAUUUUGCAUAAUAUUGCAAAACACCUCAACGAUGAAGAUUUUGAAAUUUUUGAAGAUGCCAACAAUAAUGGUGAUGAUUUACAGAUCAAUGUAGAUUAUGGUGAGGCAGUUGUGCGUCAGAGAGGACAACUGAGAAGAGAUGCAAUAGCAAGAAUAAUUCACGGUUAAUACUAAGUAAGAUGCUGUUUGCAUUUAGACUGUAUUACAUAUAUCUUUUUAUCAAGUAUAGAAUGUUCUUCAUUCAUAAACUGUAGCAUAGUACUUACUAUAUUUCAGUUAAAUAAAAAACCCAGUUAAAUUAAUGAGUAUUUAAUAUCAGUUCUAUAAAUUUAUAAAAAUAGGGAAGUUUUCAUCGAUGUUUUCAUUGUCCGGAAUGUUAAGCAGUAUUGCAUCAGUCGCAUCUCCUUGAGUAUUAGGGUUGACCUGUUCCAUAUCCUU